UCCCAACAACAAUACGAUUAGGGUUGUAGAUAGAUAUAUAUAUACGCUUACUUCACUCUUCCGCGGGAAGGAUCCGCACAGGAAAAACACCAAAAGGUCUCCAUCCUUCGAGCUAUCUAAAAGAUCACACAAGCAAAAGAAAAACUAAAUCGAAGUUUGAAAAGAAAGAUGUGGAGGAACCUUAAACAAGACUCGUCCCACAGUACUAUCUCAAUAGCUCUGAAAAUCUCCUCUCUACUAUUCUUCCUCCUCUCAUCCUUCACCAACCAUGACCGCCUCUUUGUCAAAGCUCACCCUUUCAUCUAUGGAGGAUGCUCUCCAGACAAAUACCAGUCCACCUCAACUUUCGAAGCCAAUUUCAACUCCUUAUUGUCUUCCAUUGCCAGUUCCGCAUCUCAGUCUGAUUACAACAGCUUUGCCGUCGGCAACGACAGCUCCACACCGGCUGACGCAGCAGUUUAUGGUCUGUACCAGUGCAGGGGCGACCUCAAGACAAGUGACUGUUCGGGGUGCAUCCAAAACGCCGUUAACCAGAUUACUUUGGUUUGUCCUUACUCGAUAGCAGCCAGUUUGCAGCUAGAAGCCUGCUACGUAAGAUACGACAACGUCAACUUCCUGGGGAGGCUCGAUAUGACGCUCGUGUACAAGAAGUGCAGUCGAGGAACCAGUAAUGAUGUUGAGUUCUUUAAGCGCAGGGACGACGUUCUUGCUGACUUGCAGACGGCAAAUGGUUUCCGAGUUAGUAGCCUGGGGUCAGUGGAGGGUUUUUCUCAGUGCUUGGGGGAUUUGAGUUCAGGGGAUUGCUCUUCUUGUCUGGCUGAAGCUGUGGGGAAGUUAAAGAAUGUAUGUGGAUCGGCGUCGGCAGCGGAUGUUUACUUGGCCCAGUGUUAUGCUCGGUACUGGGCAUCUGGGUACUACGAUUCCUCUUCAGAUUCCUCCACCGAUGACGACGUGGGAAAGACGGUAGCUAUAAUCGUCGGAGUACUUGCAGGAUUCGCUCUGGUCGUCGUCCUUCUUUCCUUUCUGCGCAAAGCAGUCGGCUAAGAGGAUAAGGAUGAGGCAAAGAGGAGGAUCAUCUUUUUGGCAAGCUAUUAAAGAUCGAUGAUUGUUGAACAUUAUAAUUUUAGUUCAAAUCUUCUUUUUGUUUAUUCAUUCAAGGCAAUAAUACUCUGGUGCAAUAAAAGUUAGGAUUGGCUCUCGUCUCUAGCA